CAAAAUGUCAGUGACAUUUCAAGACGAGGCCGUGGGGAAGCAGCUGAGCAGCGCUAGAAUAACGACCGUGAGUUUCAUACUCAUCACGGCUGUUUUAUGGAUCAUGCUGAGAAGACAUCGGCAGUCCAAGCUGUACCAGCUGGGCAAUAAAAUCCCUGGUCCUCCAGCUAUGCCAAUCUUUGGCAAUGCACUAAUGGCCAUUGGGAUCAAUCCCACUGAUAUAGUGAAAUUCUGUCGAGUUGUUCAAGACAUGUACGGCCCAGUGGUUCGUGCUUGGCUCGGCCUAAAGUUGUACGUGUUUAUUAUCAAUCCUGAAGAUAUUGAAGCCAUUUUGAACAGCCAAGUUCAUAUCGAAAAAUCCGAUGAAUAUGAUCUGUUCAAACCUUGGCUUGGCGAAGGUCUACUUAUCAGUAAAGGCAAUAAAUGGCGGAGACAUCGAAAAUUGAUUGCGCCUACUUUUCACAUUAACAUCUUGAAAUCGUUCGUGGGUGUCUUCAAUCAGAACAGCAUGAAUGUGGUGACUAAAAUGAAGGAAGAAGUGGGCAAAACUUUCGAUGUUCAUGAUUAUAUGAGUGAAACAACUGUGGACAUAUUACUAGAAACAGCAAUGGGAAUCACGAGAAAAACACAAGACGAUUCUGGUUUUGAUUACGCAAUGGCAGUUAUGAAAAUGUGUGAUAUCAUUCAUCAAAGACAUUACAAAUUUUGGCUACGCUUUAACUUCUCAUUCAAAUUAUCAUCAUUUUUCAAGGCGCAAAAGACUCUUUUGCAGAUCAUUCAUGGACUAACGAAUAAGGUUUUAACAAGUAAAAAGGAGAUAUAUCUGCACAACAAAGAAAAAGGUAUUAACUCACCAACAAUGGAAGAACUUACCAGAACUAUCGAUGAAGACAAAGAAGCAGAAAGCAAAACUGUCUCAGAUAACGUAUUUAAAGGUUUAAAAGAUGAUUUGGAUUUUAUUGAUGAAAACGAUGUGGGUGAGAAAAAACGCCUUGCAUUUUUGGAUCUUAUGAUAGAAUCCGUCCAAAGUGGAACAAAUAUCAUAACCGAUCGUGAAAUUAAGGAGCAAGUAGACACAAUUAUGUUUGAGGGCCAUGAUACAACAGCAGCUGGUUCCAGCUUCGUCCUAUGUCUGCUGGGUGUCUACCAAGACAUCCAAGCUAAGGUAUAUGACGAGCUCUACGGAAUCUUCGGAGAUUCCGACCGUCCAGCCACAUUUGCUGACACCUUGCAAAUGAAGUACCUGGAACGGGUGAUUUUGGAAACAUUAAGGAUGUACCCUCCAGUGCCAGCUAUAGCUAGGAGAUUAAACCGCGAUGUGCAAAUUACAACAAAUAAUUACGUGAUACCAGCGGGCGCCACAGUAGUGAUAGGGAUAUUGGGCACCCAUCACAGUAAGCACCACUACAAGAACCCUGAGAAAUUCGACCCGGACAAUUUCCUUCCGGAGAACUCUGCAAACAGACACUACUACAGUUUCAUACCCUUCAGUGCCGGACCCAGGAGUUGUGUUGGUCGAAAAUAUGCCAUGCUGAAACUGAAAAUUCUACUUUCAACCAUUUUGCGAAACUUUAAAACUGUGUCCGUAGUUCCUGAAAAGGAGUUCGACCUGCAAGCGGACAUAAUUCUCAAGAGAAGUGAUGGGUUCCGAAUCAAAAUUGAACCUAGGAUCAGAACUCCAUUAGUAGACAGGAUGUCGGUAAUUAUUGACGAAGACAACGGUUUCCACUACUCUCGUCUAGUGUUCUACCCCUUGUUGUUGCUUGCUACGGGGUUGUGGCUUUUCUACAGAUGGCAUCAAAAGUCAAAGAUCUAUAUUCUGGGAAACCAGAUCCAGGGACCUUCGACGAUACCGUUCAUUGGAAAUGCGCUCCUUGCUUUAGGAAAAACGCCUUCAGAUAUAUUGCAAUUGUCCAUAAAAUUAUCAAAAAAAUAUACGAAGGUGGCUCGUAUUUGGAUUGGAAGUAAACUGGUUAUAUUUCUGUCUGAGCCUGAUGAUGUAGAGGUUAUACUAAACAGUCAAGUUCAUAUUGAUAAGUCAACAGAAUAUUCGUUUUUCAAGCCAUGGUUAGGUGAAGGGCUGCUAAUUAGUUCGGGUCACAAAUGGCGAUCUCAUCGUAAAAUGAUCGCUCCGACUUUCCAUAUCAACAUUUUGAAAUCGUUUGUUGGUGUGUUCAACCAAAACAGUCUGAAUGUCGUAGAGAAGCUAAAACCUGAAGUGGGGAAGGUUUUUGAUGUCCAUGAUUACAUGAGCGGUGUGACUGUCGAUAUUUUACUAGAAACCGCUAUGGGAAUAAACAGAAAAACACAGGAUGAAUCUGGUUUCGACUACGCUAUGGCAGUUAUGAAAAUGUGUGACAUCAUUCAUCAGAGACAUUACAAAUUAUGGCUACGAUUUGAUUUCAUUUUCAAACUUACUUCAAUCUUCAAACAACAGAUCAAGCUACUUAACAUAAUCCAUGGACUCACCAAUAAGGUAAUCAAGCAGAAAAAGCAAAUUUACAUAGAAAAUAAGGCCAAGGGAAUUAUACCAAGCACCAUAGAGGAAUUGACUAAAUCUACUAAAGAUGAUUUGAUUGAAGACAAUAAAUCUUUAGCUGAUAUAGUUUUCAAAGGCUAUAAAGACGAUCUUGAUUUUAAUGAUGAAAAUGAUAUUGGUGCAAAGAAACGUCUUGCUUUCUUAGAUCUCAUGAUUGAAUCGGCGCAAAAUGGUACGAAUGAUAUAACAGAUCAUGAAAUUAAGGAGGAGGUUGACACGAUAAUGUUCGAGGGCCAUGACACCACCGCUGCUGGUUCCAGUUUUGUGUUGUGUCUUCUCGGUAUCCAUCAAGAUGUGCAAGCCAAAGUAUACGACGAACUAUAUGAAAUCUUCGGCGACUCGAACCGACUAGCUACUUUCAAUGAUACUCUUAAGAUGAAGUAUUUAGAACGAGUGAUCCUGGAAUCUCUGAGGCUGUACCCGCCUGUGCCUAUUAUUGCUAGGAAGCUGAAGCAAGAUGUCAAAAUUGUAACGAAUGGGCACGUUCUCCCAGCUGGAUCGACCGUGGUAAUUGGCACGUACAAGAUCCACCGAAGUGAGAAAUACUAUAACAAUCCGGAACAGUUUAAUCCAGAUAAUUUUCUCCCAGAAAACACUGCCAAUAGACACUACUACAGUUAUAUACCGUUCAGCGCUGGCCCCAGGAGCUGUGUUGGUCGUAAGUACGCAAUGCUGAAAUUGAAAAUAUUGCUGUCAACUAUUCUUCGAAACUUCAAGACCACCUCAGUAGUCGACGAGAAAGACUUCAAACUGCAAGCAGAUAUUAUCCUGAAGAGGGAGGAUGGAUUUCGACUUAAGAUUGAGCCAAGAAAGCGAGUACCAACCAAGCCGGUCAAUUAGAUAGAAAAAUUAUAACAAUUACGGCAUAUUUUAACCUUUAUAUUAUUCUUAAAAACUCUGUAUAGGUGAUUUUGUCUUUUAAAUUGCAAAAAGUAAUGUGAAGGUCGUGCCUAGAAACCAAAUAGAAGAAGUAGAAAUAACUAAAUAUUUUUUUUUGUUUUUGAAAUGGCACAUCAGCACACAAAUGUUAUAUGCGCGUUUUCCUUUCAAUUGUUUCAGUACCAAUUUCGAUGCAUUUUUUAAAGUAACUUUUGAUAUUGUUAUUAAUUAGAACAUGAGUUUGCCAUAGCAUCGUAUAUCCCACGUUGCACUGGACGAUAACAUUUAUAUAUGUAUAUUUUUGUGACGUACUUUCGAGGUUAAUUAACCUCAUAAAUAUUCAAGGAAAUUGGUAGAUACUAUAAAACUACAAAAUACCGCUUUGUUAUAUGCAAUAAGCUAUUAGGUAUGAAUAGUAAUUAAUCUAGAUAGAUAACCAAAUAAUUAAAGCAUUUGUUAUAUUUUUUAUUGCAUAUCCAAAAAAAUAUAAAACAAUAAAGUUCGUUACUUUUAUUCUUUUAAACUUUGGAAAUAUAUUAAAUAUUCUAAAAAAAGACAUUUGCUUUUUACACUCGAUAUAUUUGCAUGAGUUAGUGUUUGUACCUACGCUAAUAAACAAGUAAAC